AUGAACCUACUAGCAGUUCAUUCCACCCAAAACUACCCCGUCAUCACCGCAAUCCAAUACCUGGCGGUAACGUUCAUGUCUCAGUACUACACCGUGUGCCUCAUCAAAGAUCGCGAUGACGAUCUCCACCUCAACGUACCCAUCCCACUGAUCACGAUCACCGUGGAUUCCGAGUUCAACGAGACGUUCUUGCAAGCGGUGGACGCCGCAUGCCAAGCCUUCGUAGUGUCCGAAGCGGCGUUCGUUCCGUUCCUGGAUUCGUUUGUUUUCGUGCACGAUCAGUCCAACCAACGAGCCUCCGGAAAAAGGUUGAUCGGCGUUAUGGAGUCCGAUGAUGUUACUAAUCUCAACAUGCUGAAAGGUCAUCGGAAUAUUCUGGAACUGCCGGAAGUCGUUUUUGUUUGUCCGGAUAAGGGGAACGAGUCGAUCAAGUUCUACACUACCGAUAUCUUCAACAAUGGAUCGCGGAGUUCGUGGAGUGUUGAGAUCGUUCCCAUCGAACCACCAGACUACUUUCCGGACAAGUUUGAAGACAUGCAAGGAUUCCCGAUACGGUUGAGCACUUUGAUGUACCCACCUUAUGCUUACUAUGAACAAUCGACCCCCGAGAAGGCCAAUGCUCGCUAUGACCCCAACUUCAUGAAGGAAGACUUGCCGCUGUUUCUGGACGGUACCGAACCUACUCUAAUUUUGGAAUUUUGCCGAAUUCACAACUGCACCAUCGAGGCUUCGUUUGACGAGUCCGCAUUUUGGGGUGAAGUCUUUGACAACCGCACUGGAACGGGUUUGCUGGGAGCAGUCGUUGAACGGCGUGCUGAUAUAGCGGUAGCUGCCAUCUACUUCUGGCGAAAACCGUACGAUUACGCAAGUUAUACCCAUCACGUAAGUCGAUCUGGAAUCACUGUACUCGUUCCAAAACCUCGACUUCUGGCUCCUUGGCGGACUCCUUUUCUUUCUUUCACGGCAUCCCUGUGGAUCGCGGUAUUGAUCACCUUUAUUGUUGCCACCGUGGCAGUCUGGUUGAUCGAGGGCGGUCGCUACAAGCUGCUGCAACCUCAGAACGAGAUGCCGGUCACGCUGAGCGAUUCCUUGCUGACCAUGAUCGGGUUCUACAUGGAGCAAAGUGCCCGCAUGCGGACGGACAUGGUGUCGUCUGUCUUUCUAUUCACAUCGCUUUUGUUUGCUGGAUUCAUGGUGGGCAACAGCUACGGCGGAGGAUUGGCCGGAGUUAUGACCAUACCUCAGUACGAGAAACCCAUUGACACUACCAUGGACCUUGCUGCCAGUGGAAUGCCGUACGCGGGAAGAGCCCUUUCGUGGAUCUUCUCUAUCUUGUACGCUACACAGCCGUACGUCAAAACCCUCGUCAAAAACUACUUGGUCGUUGACGAGGAAUAUCUCGUAAGGCACAGCAAGACGCACGAUCUCGGCUACUGUGGCGAGCGGACCGAGUUCGAGCACUUUGUUCCGUCGGAGUUUGUCGAUCUGGAAGCAUCCAGCAUGCUGCAGCUACUGAAGGACGACCUGUACUGGGAAACUGUUGCGCACCUGGUGACCAAAACCUGCCCCUUCAAGGAGCCGUACAACGACAUGAUCAUGACGGUCAAACAAUCCGGCAUGCAGGACUUCUGGGAGUUGCGGACGGCUAACCGAUACCUGCUGACGACGGUACAGCAAAACAUUUGGAACGCUCGCAAAGUCGGUGGUGACGAUGAGGUUAUCAAGCUAACCGUUUCGCACUUCUUGGGAGCUUACCUCAUUCUGACGUUCGGAUGCAGCUUGGGAGCACUUGCGUUUGCCUUGGAAGUUUCCCAAGCUCGAAUCAAGGCGACUUUCAACAAAAUAUUCAAAAGAAAAGCUACUACAAGCACAUCGCUUUAA